AUGUCGGAUAUGCAGGAUACGCUGCUGCUGGGAUCAGAGGGGAUCAAGAAAACAAUCCUGCACGGAGGAACCGGAGAAAUUCCAAAAUUCAUCACUGGGGCGAAGGUGACGUUCCACUUCCGCACCCAGCUGUGUGAUGAUGAACGUACAGUGAUAGAUGACAGCAAAGUGGUGGGGACACCCAUGGAGAUCGUGAUUGGCAACAUGUUUAAACUGGACAUCUGGGAGACCCUGUUGUCCUCCAUGAGGACUGGCGAAGUGGCUGAGUUCUGGUGUGACACCAUUCACACCGGCGUUUAUCCACUUGUGUCCAAGAGUAUGCGACGCAUUGCACAAGGCAAAGACCCAGUCGACUGGCACAUCCACACAUGUGGUAUGGCCAACAUGUUCGCCUACCACAGCCUUGGCUACGAUGACCUGGACGAGCUGAUGAAGGAGCCAAAACCUCUCUACUUUGUCCUUGAACUGCUCAAGGUGCAGCAACCCAGUGAGUACAACAGGGAGUCGUGGGCUCUGAGUGAUGAGGAGAGGCUGAAGGCAGUGCCUGUGCUGCAUGGGCAGGGGAACAAGCUCUACAAACAAGGACGCUACCAGGAUGCCACGCAAAAGUACAAGGAGGCCAUCAUCUGCAUCAAAAAUGUUCAGACUAAGGAGAAAGCAUGGGAGGUCCCCUGGAUGAAGCUGGAGAAGAUGGCCAAUACCUUAACCCUCAACUACUGCCAGUGUCUACUACGCAUGGAAGAGUACUACGAGGUCAUCGAGCACACCAGCGACAUCAUCAAUCAGCACCCAGGGGUAGUGAAGGCCUUCUACCUUCGAGGGAAGGCCCACAUGGAGGUUUGGAACGAGGCGGAGGCUAGGCAGGACUUCAGCAGGGUGCUGGACCUGGACCCUGGCAUGAAGAAGGCUGUCAAGAAGGAGCUGGCUGUGCUUAACAUGCGCAUGGAAGAGAAGAACCAGGAGGACAGGAACAAGUACAAGGGCAUGUUUUGA